AUGUUUGGACCUUCAAUACUUUCUCCAGCACGUACAGUAUUACGUACUCCAAUUAUUAAACCUACAAGAGCAUUAAGGUUAAUACCAAACUUGUCGAAAUUCAAGACUAUUGAACAACCACCAGGUUACAUUGUUGGAACAGUCAAUGAUGCUUAUAAACCACCAAGUCCUGUCUAUUACGAAGGUAGUUAUCAUUGGACAUAUGAGAGAAUCAUUGCUAUUACCAUGCUUCCGUUGGUUAUGACACCAUUUGCUGCUGGUGUUGAAUAUCCAAUGAUAGACUCGAUUUUCUCCACAUUAUUAUUGUUCCAUUGUCAUGCUGGUAUCAAAUCAUGUAUUAUUGAUUAUAUUCCAAAACGAGUCUAUGGGUUCUGGUAUGGUGCUGCAUCGAAGGUAUUGACUUUUGGUACCUUUGUGGCCAUGUACGGUAUUUACGUGUUAGAAACAUCUUCCAAUGGAUUAUUUGAUUUGGUGAAAGCUAUCUGGUCUGCAUAA